CCGUCCCCGACCCACAAAGGGGGGGGGGGAGCUGCUAAGCCUUGUUUUCCCCGUGCACUGAAAUAAAAGCCAACAACUUUUCGCAGUCAGUGGCAGAAGAAGAAACCCUGGGAGACUUUUGUGUUUUGACAACCGAGGCACACACCAGCUCCCUUUUCCCAACAGGAGCCGAGGAGCCAUCUGGUGUGGGUGUGCGUGGUGUGGGUGUUCUGCUCCCUUUUCGCAGUGUCUCCUUCUGGACUGAGAGCAUCGAGCUGUGCGGCACGGAGGACGCACAAAGGCGGCUGUCCUUCUCUGCCAUCGCCCAGCUGCCAAGGCCUAUCAGGGACCCCGGAGCCCGCACAGAGGUCCCCGGCGAUGGCGUCCCAGAAUCCGGCCCCUCGGACUCCCCAGGAGAGCCUGCCCGAGGUCAGGGCGCAGCCACGGCUACGCCCGGGCACCAGAAUACUCUGGAGAAGCUCCGGAAAGGGGGCGAAGGACCAUCAGCAGAGAGGAUCAAAAGACGAGCCCGUUUCUCAAACCCCUGGGAUGCACCGGCCGAAGGUGCCAGAGAAGCAGCCCCGGGCCCUCCCGGUGGGUGCCGGCUUCUCCACCGCCGCCCUGCUCUCCUCCGCCCUGCUAGGGGCUGCCUCGUUCUCCCCCCAGCGGGAUUACAGCUUCUGGCAAGACAUCCCGGAGGUGAAAAGCAGAGGGCUGCUGGAGGGACUCCCAUCACAGCAGCGCCACCUGCAGGAGGCCAUGUUCGAGGUGAUCACGUCCGAGGCCUCCUACCUGCGCAGCCUCCGGGUGGCCCUCUUCCACUUCCAGCUGUCUCCAGCCUUGCGUGGGGCUCUCGCCGGGGCCCAACUGCAGCAGCUCUUCUCCAAUCUCUCGCAAGUCAAGGACACCAGUGAGAGGUUUCUGCUGCAGCUGGAAGAUCACCUGGACCAGGAUGUCUUCUUGUCGGGUCUCGGGGAAGUGGUCCUGAAACACUGCCCGGCUUUCCACCGGGUUUACGUUCCCUACGUCACCAACCAGAUGUAUCAGGAGCAGCUCAUGCAAUGGCUGAUGAAGGGGAACAGCCGCUUCACGCAGGUCCUGCGCGCACUGGAGGAGCAUCCCAUCUGCCAGAGGCAGCCCUUGAAAGCCUUCCUUGUGUUGCCCUUCCAGAGGAUCACUCGGCUCAAAAUCCUACUGCAGAACAUCCUGAAGUGGGCCAGACCCGAGUCUGAGCUGGCAAAAUCAGUGGGCUUGGCCCAUGAGGCCGUGGGGGAGAUUGUGUCCCAGUGCAACGAGAACGUCCAACUCAUGAAGCAGAAAGAGGAAUUGGUGUCGCUGGAAAAACGGAUGGACUUCUCCAAGGUCAACCCUCUUCCUCAUUUCAGCCAGGGCCGCUGGCUGGUUCGCGAAGGAGAGCUCCGGCAGGUCCUGGUUCAAGAGGCCGGACUGGGCUAUCGGCCCCAGGUCAGCAUGAAGCCCAUCCAUCUGCAUCUCUUCAACGACUUGCUGAUGCUCUCUCACCUUAAGGAAGACGGGCGCUUCUUAGUGAAGGACUACGCCUGGACGGGUCACGUCAAAGCUGAGCUUUUCAAAGCCAAACCCUUAGGGCUCCCAGGAUGGACCUUCUACCUCUCCAUAGCCCAGAACCACAGAGACGAAAGCAGGGAGGUGAUCCUCAAGGCAGAGAGCGAUUUUUCUCCCGAGGGCCCAGAGACAGGACUGGAUUGCAUGGCUAGCAAGCCGUUGAAACCUCGAGGCAGGAAUUCCCAGGCGCCUCAGUCAGACUCUCCACCUCCAACAGGCCCUGCUGCUUCUGACGACGGCCCAAGGAGACCUUACGUUGGAACGUUGGAAUGACCCAGAGAGGGCUCCAAAGCAUGGAAAUGGGGGUAACCCUGAGUCAAAGAGGCUUUAGGUCAGUGGUUCUCCACCUGUGGAUCGGGACCCCAUUUGGGGUCGAACGACCGUUUCACGGGGGUCGCCAAACAACGCAGUCCGCCAUUUUCCCCCCCUUUUCCUUAGCUGUGCUACUCCCU